AUGAAGUCUCUGGACGAGAAGGUCCGGGCGCGGGCCGAGACAGACGGCGUCGUCUUGGAUCUGAGCAACGCGUACCUUGGCGACGACGGGUGCGCAGCCUUGUGCAGGCUGCUGCGGCAAUACCCAGCGAAACGCGUGCUGGAUUUGCGCGGAAAUCGCAUCCAAGCCGACGGCGCCGUCCACCUCGCCGCCUUUCUCAAGCAAAGCAACGUGAUCACGAGCAUCAACCUCGAGUGGAACUGCGUCGGCGUCCUCGAGCACGGACUCGAGGCGCUCAGCGCCGCCCUCGCGAUGAACACGACGCUCACGCACCUUGAUUUGCGCAACAACAGCAUCGGUCCCGACGGCGCGGCGCUCCUCGCAGCCGGUCUGAAACGGAAUCGCACGCUCCAAGAGCUAGACCUGCGCUGGAAUGACAUGGGCUCUCUCGGUGGCCACGCGCUCUCGGAGAUGCUCCAGGACAACCAUACGCUUCUGCGCCUCCACCUCAUGGGCAACAACGUGGCGAUGGCAACCAUGGAGCUCGUCGAAGCGUGUCUGCGGCAGCUGCCCGUUCUACACGACGAGGCGGCAAGUACCGACGCCGACCGAGCGCGCAAGGACGACGACGAUGCGCGUCUGCUCUUGACGUACAUGGCCGAGACGGGAAAGCUCCAGGACGAGGUGGCGACGACUAAAAAGCACAUCCGUCUCCUCGAAGACCAGAACGAGACGAGCGAACGGGUAAUACAAAAGCUGCACGCGGACGUCCGCUUGCUCACCGACGAGCGCGACCGGUACCAGAUGCGCGAGCUCGAAGCGCUCAAGACCGCCGACGACUACAAGACCUUGUACAACGAAGCCGACGCGCGCCGGCGAAAAGACUAUGAGGAGCAUGACAUCGCAAAGCACAAACUCGAGCAAGAGCUGCUCCGCGCCAAGGACCAAGCGCUCCAAGCCGAGCUCAGCCACGAACGUGUCUUUGAGCAGCUCGAGAACGAGCGCAAGGCGUUUGCACGCGAGCGCGACUACCUCGAAGGCAGCUUGAGCAAGGCCAAGGCGUCGCUGCAGACCGCGCAGAUCGAGUGCGAACGGCUCCAGAAGCACCUCCUGGACGAGCGCAGCGUCGCAGAGCACAAGCUUGCCGACGCGAGGAGCGAGUGCGAGACCAAAGUGAGCCUCGCGGGCCGGCGGUUCGAAGCCACCCAAGGCGCGCUGGAAGACCAGACGCGCGGGCUCCAGCACCAGCUCGAGGCGGCGACACGCGAGUUGUUGCAGUUGCGCGAAGCCAACGAUAUGCUGCAAAGCAACCUCCUUCAGCUCAAACUCGGGCACGAGAAGGACCUAUCGAGCCAUCUCGCCAAGAUGGAAAAAGAAGCGAAAGACCGGUUUGAGCGGUCGGUGGUCGCGAUCGAAGCGCAGCUCGCCGACGUUCGCAGCACGCGCGUGGCUCUCGAGCGCGACGUCGAGACGCAUCUCGACACGAUCGAGCGGCUUCGCAACGACAAGACUCGACUCCGGGCCGAGCACGAGACGGACCGCGCGAGCUUGGAGCGCACGAUCGGCGAGCUCCGUGCGACGGCCCAGGCGCACCUCGAGGCGGACGGCGCCAAGGACCUCGAGCUCGCACGCCUCCAGCGCAAGCUCGACCAGACGAUGGACCGUAUGGCCCACCUCGAAGCAACCUGCGCCCAAACGACGCUGGUCCACGACGCGCGCGUGGCGGAUCUGCAAGCACGAUAUGAAGUCGAGCGGGCCAAGGCCGAGGACGCCAGCGCGCAACGCCUCGAGCUCGAGGGUCGGCUGCAGAGCCAGAUCGAUGCCCUCCGCGCCACGCUCGCGGACGAGCGAUCGGCGGCGGACCGGCGACUGCAGGCGUUUGCGGCGCGCGUGACACGCUUCGUCGCCCAAGCCGCCACCGGCGACAACGACAACGACGAAAAGUGA